CUUUUAUCCAACAGCGUGAAAUAUUUUAUUUCUCUAAAUAAAUGAAUCCUAAGCGCCAUACUGUGACUAAUACCCUCAAAGGAUCUAAGAAGAGCACAAUCAUCAAUAAGCUUGGAGCAAACAUUGCUACUGUGAAAGCUGACCCAUUGACGAAAUACGGAGUGGACUCUCCCACCACAAUAAGUCAGAUAAACAAUAUGAAUUAUAUUGGAAAGACCAAUGAGGACUUGAAAAAUCCUUCUGUCUCUCAAAAUUGAAUUUUCCAAUUUCCAUCUUCAAGGACCAGCAUCGAGCUAUCUAGUACUUUUGGACUUGGAGGGAAAGAAGAGCUCCAAAUUAUUGGCAAGUCUAAGAACUAUAGAGACAAAACUCUUCCUAGUCCUAAACCUUCCACCGCGAUGAUGACAAAACGAACUAAAAGUAUACCCCAGUUCCAUGCCUUCAGGAAGACCCAAUCCAGAAAAAUGAAGAGGACCACUCAGAUGACCUACAAAGACAUUAACGAGCUGAGCAAGAAAGUCCUGAUAGAAGACCUACAAAGGAAGUGGAUCAAGCGGGAAAGGGCUUCUCUGACUGGGAGGGCUUCCCAAGAUCGCCAAUUGCUAAUUACGAAGGGAACUGGCUACGCAGACCCAACCUCCUUGAUGACCAAGAAAGAUUUCUUCAAAAGACUAGGCAUGCCUUAUAACUAUGGUGAAGGAAAAUAAGCUGAAUCUUAAUAUAAAAUCCAUCUUUAAUAAAAUGAGAAGAUCAAACUUUAUGAAAAGGGAAAAUGGCAGCUAUGAGAAGAGGACCCAGAGCUCCUGUGCUGUCAAGUCCAAUCAUUUAGGAAGUGAUCAUAAGACCAUAUUUUCUAAAAGGAAAGGAUUAGUAACUUCCAGAUAUAACCCAGAUUACUCUCCUCAAAAAAUUUCACAGAUAAAUUAUGGUGAAAGCUUCUCUAAAAUACUGAAAGAAACAAUAAUUAAGGAUAUUAAGAGUGACGUCUUCAGAGAGAUGGCUCACGCAGAGGGUGGAGUUCCCAGAGCCAUCAGAAAUUCAUCCAUCCCUCUCGAUUUCGGCGAAAUGAACAAGGUUACUCCGCUGACCAAGAAGAUCAAUACCCAAAUUGAUCUUCACAUUAAGAAGCACAGUUUAGUCCUGGAGAAAUGAAUACUUGACCGGGCCAAAGGCAAGAAAAUAGUCGCUUCCAAUAGUUCAAAUUAAGUCUCCAAAUGAGUGCGGAAGC